CGCCACUGCCCUCCCUUCGGCCCUCAUCUUCUUUCCUGUCUUCCCAGGUCAUACUGCGAUGGGCUCGACGACCGCAUACCCGCGCCUACCAGCCGGCGACCACAAAGCCUAUAUGGAAUACGCCCUUGAUCAAGCGCGACUGUCCCCCCCAGCACCCACCAAGUUCUGUGUUGGGGCCGUUCUGGUUGAUGCUGAUAAGGACGAGAUCCUAUCCACAGGGUAUUCCAUGGAAUUACCCGGGGAUCGACCCGGGGAUCCGGGCAACACCCACGCCGAACACUGCUGCUUCAUCAAAAUCGCCGACCGGCACAAUGUGCCUGAGGAGAGGAUUGGGGAAGUGCUCCCGAAGAACACCGUCUUGUAUACCACCAUGGAGCCCUGCAACAGGAGGCUGAGUGGCAAUCGGACCUGCUGUGACAGGAUCAUCGGACUGGGGAACGCGAUCAAGGUGGUCUACGUCGGAAUCACGGAGCCGGAAAAGUUCAUCGGCGAGAACACGGGACGAAAGCGGUUGGAGGAUGCAGGCGUGCGAGUGGAGUUGAUCGAGGGAAUGGAAGACCGUAUAACCGAGGUCUCGACUGCGGGGCACGAUGGCUGAAUUUGUUUUUGUGUUGUACCAUACCGGUUGCUGGUGGACAGACCUGGCAGUUGAACUACCUCUUAACGUCUCAAGCAACAGUCCUACCCUGGUUGUGGUCAUGGUUUUGCAUAGAUAAAACAAUAAGUAUUCGUGUUGGGAUAGGAUGGAUAAUCAUAUUUCGCUCUGCGAAUUCUGAGAUAGAGAGUAGAGAAGG